UUGGAUUAAUUCUAGGUUUUUUCUCUCUUCAUGCUCUGCUAGUAUUUUUCUUUUUCUUUGUUUGCAGAGGAAGCUUCAUCAAGAAUUCAAGAUCAAUGGGGAAGCAACUUGAUAAAAAGAAGAUCACUUGGACGAUUAAAAACUUCUCCUCUUUACCAGCCGGCGUUAUUUACUCUGAUCCUUUUGUCGUCGGUGGAUGCAAAUGGCAUCUACAGGCCUAUCCCAAGGGAUAUAAUAAUGUUAAUAGCUUGUCCCUGUUUCUUGGUGUUCAUAAUUGUACUUCUUUGCCUCUUGGAUGGAGAAGACACGCUAAAUUUCGUCUGAGUAUAGUAAAUCAUUUAUCAGAUAAACUCUCUCAAUCAAAACUUAAAGAACUAGAACACUGGUUUGAUGAGAAGACUACUAAUUGGGGUCUUCUAUCCAUGUGUCCCCUAAUUGAAAUUCAUGCCAAAGAUAGUGGAUUUCUAUUAAACGGGCAAGUAAAAGUUGUUGUGGAGAUAGAUGUUCUUGAAACUAUUGGCAAAGUUGACGUAACAGAGGAAACUUCAACAAUAACGGAAAUCGUAGAUGUUAAUGGCUUUCAACUUCUUCCUUCACAGGCAAAAUCUGUGAGAUGUAUGUUUGAAAGACACCCAGAUAUUGCAUCUGAUUUCCGUCCAAAGAACCCGAUUCUCAGGACGGGUUACAUGAGUCUGCUACUCAGUCUGGUUGAGACUAUGAGACAGUUACCUCAGGAUAUUUCCAAGGAUGAUCUGUUUGAUGCUUAUGCUGCAUUGGGAACCAUGAAAGAUGCUGGAUUUAAACUGGAUUGGUUGGAGAAUAAACUUCAUCAAGUGUCAGAAAAGAAGGAAAAUGAGGAGGCUAGUGAGACUGUGCUGCAAGAAAUGGAAGAAGAGUUGAAGGACAUGAAGCAGAAGUGUUCAGACAUGGAAGCUUUGUUGGAGAAGGAGAAGGCAAAAGUGUCGAGCUCAAAAGCUCCUAUCUCAUUCGAUGAUAUUGUUUAAUGGCACUUGGAGUUUGGUUCUACCUGGGAUGUUCUUGCUAAUGAUCGAGUCUUCUUAAAACUUAGGAAUUUAAAAGAGACCCAUGUCUUGGGAAUAUACACAAUGUUGUAAAAUGUAAAUCUCUUCAUUUCUGUAAAGGUGAUUGAUCAUUUAGUAUAGAAUCAAUAUGAACUCAAAACAAUUUCCACAGGAUGACUUGUACACCAAAUGCGCCAAUGUCUGAAUGAAGUAGCAAUGAGAUGAAGUUGUAGGAGAUUUUAUCAUAGGAGUGACUCAGUUUUAGUGUUUUGCCUUAGUUUCUCUCAUUUUUAUUCAAUGCCUUGAUGAUAA